AUGCUUCAAUUCCAAGACUCGGAAUUCAUCUUACGAGUCGGUAUGCGAGUCUCCAAACAAUGGCUUUCCAUCUCCCUUCAGAUUGCUUUGAAAUUUGAUUUUUCAGAGAGAAUUCCAUUGCGUGUGUGUUUACUUGCAUCUCUGUCCGUAUCCUCUGAUCGGAUGGUAUCCGUGAGGAGCAGAAUGAAUUCUCUCCAAAAACUUGCUCAAUUUGUUUCAUGUCGGUUGGUUUCAAAUUUGACCGAAUUGAAUCUGACUCAUCAUUACUUGGGAGAUGAAGGAGCACGAUUAAUCUCAUCGAGUGAAUCGAUGAAGAAUUUAAAGUCGCUAAAUUUGAGUCAUAAUAAUCUAAGCUCUGUGGGAGCCACACAUAUUGCAUCAAGCUCACACAUGUCUUGUUUGCAAGUAUUAAUUUUGCAAUCGAAUUCUCUGAGGGAGGAAGGAUGUUGCAGCAUUGCAAAGAGUGAGCACAUGAAAAGUUUAACUUGGCUUGAUUUAUGGGAAAAUCAAGAUAUUGGCGAUACAGCUUUGAAAGCCAUUGCAAACAGUGUAUACAUGUCAAAUUUGACUUAUUUAAGAAUUAUUGAUACACAAGAUCUUAAAGAUGAGGCAUCUAUUGUAACAAGUUGUUACAUGAAAAAUUUGACUCAUCUUGAACUUGUUUGCUCUGACAAGGGAGAAGGAGUCGCUCUAUUGUCAAGUCCAUCAUUCAUGUGUACAAAUUUGAAAGUAUUGGAAACCUGUAUUGAUGAAAGAGGAGCUAAAGCUCUUACCACCAAUGAACGUUCAAAAAAAUUAACGACAUUAAGACUUAGCAUUUAUGAUGAUCUUCUUGAGGCGUGUGUAAAACCUAUUAUAUCGAGUCAAUAUUUGCAAAAUUUACAGAUUCUCUCCAUCAAGAAUUCUUCUGAAAAUUUGGGAGAUGAUGAUAAAUGGCUUACAUUAAAUCCAUACAUGAAAAAUUUAACUUCAUUAGAAUUGACCAGGAUUGAUAUGGACGACGAAGAUACGAGUUAUAUAGGCAAAUGUGAGGCGCUAAAAAACUUACAAGAAUUGAUUUUAAUAGAAAAUGACAUUGCAAAAGGAGUUCAAAAUAUGGUCAAUAGUCCCAACUUGUCACAAUUGCGUGUUUUAAAUUUGCAAGCAAACCCAAUUGGAGAUGAAGGAGCAAAGGCUAUUGGUGACAACAAAUACAUGCAAAACCUCACAAAAUUAAAUAUUGGAGAAACUGGGAUUACCUAUGAAGGAGCACAUAGUAUUGCGUCAAGCAAGUAUUUGAAAAAUUUAACAUCACUAAUUAUGAGCGACAAUAUUGAAGACCAAGGAGCUAAAUCCAUUGCAGAGAGUGAAUUUAUGGCCAAUCUCACCUCUCUUAGUUUGAUUACGUGUUUUUUAACAGAUGAAGGAGCAACGGUAUUAGCUUCGAGUCCUUUCAUGACAAAUUUGACAUCCUUAACAUUGACCGAUAAUAAUAUUGGAUAUAUUGGAGCUUAUGCGUUAGCUAGGAGUAUAUAUAUGACAAAUCUCAAAGAACUUGAUUUAGAGAAUGAUGAAUUAAUAGUAGAUACUCCAAUUCAAGAGCUACUUUUUGCUGGAGUCCCUUGCUUGGCGAUUCAAAAAGGCAAUGAGCAACUUUCUUUGCAACAGAAGCAACUGUUGAAUAUAUAUUUGGAUUACAUCAUUCAACUUUUAGCUCAGAACCCACACUCGACAUUAGCUGAAAAUAUGAAUUUUUACCUCCAAGAUAUGAUUGAGGUAUUCGGAAUGCUUGGCGUAGGUUCACGUGUGGAUCAAAUUAUUGAAACUCUUUUUAAGGUUGUGAAAGAAAAUGUUGUUCCGACUAGUCAAGAAAUCUUUCGAUGUAUAAGCGUCUAUUUAGAUAGUAUUGACUCCAUGUCGACUCUUCUUGGGAAGCGAUUUGCACCCUAUUUUGAUUUGAUAUGGCAAGACAUUCUCAAAUAUCUUGAAUCUCCGAACGAUCAUCCAAUAGAUGAAAUUGUCUCUGGAUUGCGGGUAAUUUGCUCUGUUAUUGAGGAAUUUCAAGAGCUUUCAACGUGUUAUAUCUCACAAUUUAUUCCAAUUCUCAUGCAAUACGUGUCACAUACAAAUCACUCUGCUCAACAGAAUGCUCUGUAUGGUCUUGGAAUUUUGGCAUUCUACAAUCCACAUUCUACAGAAGUGAAGACUCAUGUUGCAAAUAUUUUGGACAUACUUGUGACCAUCAUGGAAGAUGUUGAAACACAAAAUCCAAUAGUGGUGGAUAAUGCCUGUGCUGCUUUUUCUAGAUUUGUUGUACGUGAGAUUGUCGACUAUCAAACCAUUGUUGAUACGAUACCUAUUUUUCUUGAUUCUCUACCGCUCCAAUCAGAUUAUGAGGAAUUUGAAAUUUGUUUUCAAGCCCUUUCAAAGUUAUUAUUAGAUCAUGUAACAUCGUCAGAAGAUUGGAAUUUAGCUCGCCAAAUUUUUGACAAACUUGUUGAAGGGCUAACUCUAACAGAAGUCAGUGAUGACAUUAAGAAGAUGAUUACGAAGAAUAUUCAAAGUUUUAAAACGAAUCAUCCAGAGCCUUUUCGACAAAUGGUUUUUGACUUUAACAAAAAGUCGCAUAAGAUGUACUUGCGUGAGGAGAUGAAAACUCUUAACAGGUUCAUGAAUGUAUAUCAAUAA